AUGCAGACGAAGAAUCUUUCUUACAUAAACUCCUUGAGCUGCAAAAACACAAAAGAGUACGAGAAUCUUACAUAUAAUACUCAAGAGAGAAUAAGUUGCCGAUGCAACAAUAUCACCAUUUCCGGGACCAACUAUGCAACUUGUGGAUGCAAUCGAGGUUAUAGAGGCAAUCCAUACCUCUUUAACGGAUGCACAGAUAUUAAUGAGUGCCUCGAAGGCAAUCCUGAUGAAAAUGGACCACGCUGGGGGUGUAGUGACGGAGACACUUGCGUGAAUCUGCCCGGAUAUUAUCGUUGCGUAGGCGAUAAGACUGGAGCAAUAAUGAUAGGACUAGGCGCAGGUUUUGGCAUCUUAGUCCUAGUAGGUGGAAUCUGGUUGUUGAGAAAGUUUUACAAGAAGAGAAGGAAGACUCAGAGGAAAAGGAAGUUCUUCAAACGUAACGGUGGACUAUUGUUGGAACAACAACUAAAUACAAGAGAAGGUAACGUCGACAAGACGAGAAUAUUCAGCUCGAAAGAGCUCGAAAAAGCCACUGAAAACUUCAGCGAAAAUAGGAUUCUUGGACAGGGUGGUCAAGGCACUGUGUACAAGGGAAUGCUUGUUGAUGGUAAAACUGUUGCUGUCAAGAAAUCCAAAGCUGUAGAUGAAGACAGGCUCGAAGAGUUCAUCAACGAGGUUGUCAUUCUCUCCCAGGUCAACCAUAGACAUGUCGUCAAACUCUUGGGAUGUUGUCUCGAGACAGAAGUUCCAGUUCUGGUUUAUGAGUUUAUCCCCAAUGGUAACCUUUUCCAGCACAUCCAUGAAGAAUCUGAUGAUUACACAAUGAUUUGGGGCGUGCGUCUACGCAUUGCAGUAGAUAUUGCAGGAGCUCUUUCGUAUUUGCACUCUGCUGCGUCUACUCCAAUUUAUCACAGAGAUGUCAAGUCAACAAACGUAUUACUGGACGAGAAGUAUCGAGCCAAAGUUUCCGAUUUCGGUACUUCAAGAUCAGUAACCCUUGAUCAUACUCACUGGACAACAUUUGUUUCAGGUACAGUUGGAUAUGUGGAUCCCGAGUACUACGGAUCUAGCCAAUAUACCGAUAAGAGUGAUGUUUAUAGCUUUGGAGUCAUCCUCGUUGAGCUUAUUACCGGAGAGAACCCUGUAAUAACCCUUCCGGAUUCUCAAGAGAUAAGAGGCUUAGCGGAUCAUUUCAGAGCUGCAAUGAAAGAGAACAAAUUCUUCGAUAUUAUGGAUGCUCGAAUAAGAGAUGCCUGCAAACCGGAACAAGUAAUGGCGGUGGCAAAUCUAGCCCGGAGAUGUCUGAAUUCGAAGGGAAAGAAGAGGCCAUAUAUGAGAGAAGUGUUUACCGAGUUAGAGAAGAUAUAUUCAUCUCCAGAGAUAAAGAUUGAGAAUGACGACAGUGUUGAUGAAGAGGAGGAAGGAAUGAAUAUGAUAAACAUGGCUGAUUCGUGGACCAUUGGUGUUACUGCUCCAGUCCCUAGUACUAUGGCUUCGUCAGAUGUUGAACCAUUGUUUCCUCGUUCCACAUGGUGA